AUGGAUACUGCGCUGGCGCAGUUAAUACUUGAUGACAAUGAAAAGUUAGGAACCCUCAUUUUUGCACUAGGUGAAACAGCUAGACACUACUUUGAACAUCAACUUUCAAGCUCGGCGGGUACUAUGUCAUCCGUUCGAGCUUCAACUAACAGCCGCUGUAAUAUCAAGGUGUUGUUCCUAAAUAAGUUACAGUACUUGUUCAUGUACUUGACAAAGCUAGAAGGGGAGGGUAAUGGACAAGAACUAGGGUUAACGAACUUGAUAAUAUAUGGUUUAGACGAAGCUCUUGAACUCGUCGAUGAUAAACUGUCAAUCGCUCAGACCAGACUGGCCAACCUUAUUUUCAACGUUGCCUUCAAGGUGAGAGCGCGGCAUCGCGUCGAGGUUCAGUUCAUCUCAAGCAAGGAUGACGUGCACGACAACUUAAAUAGGCUAGAACAAUAUUGGCAAGAAGUGUGUUAA